AUGGCGGACGCUGUGGUUGACCCCGAGGUGGCCGGCGGCGCGCUGCAAACGGUCAAGGACUUGGCAGCUGGUGCCGCGGGUGGCGUUGCUCAGGUCUUGCUCGGCCAACCUUUCGAUAUCGUCAAAGUCCGCCUCCAGACCUCAACAACGUCCUCAUCGGCCCUGACCGCCGCCAGCCAAAUCUACAAGAACGAGGGCGCCCUCGCCUUCUACAAGGGCACCCUCACACCCCUCAUCGGCAUCGGCGCCUGCGUCUCCAUCCAGUUUGGCGCUUUCCACCAGGCCCGCCGCUACUUCGAGGCCCGUAACGCUGCCUCCUCCCUCGGCGCUAGCCCGGCCCUCAGCUACGGCCAAUACUACGCUGCGGGCGCCUUCGCCGGCGUCGCCAACUCGGUCAUAUCGGGCCCCAUCGAGCACGUCCGUAUCCGCCUGCAGACCCAGCCCCACGGCGCUGCGCGGCUGUACUCGGGCCCCCUCGAUUGCGUCCGCAAGCUCUCGUCCCACGGGGGCGUGCUGAACGGCCUCUACCGCGGCGAGGCCGUGACAAUCCUGCGCGAGGCUCAGGCCUACGGCGUCUGGUUCCUGGCCUUCGAGUGGAUGAUGAACGCCGACGCCGCGCGCAACAAGAUCGACCGCAAGGACAUCCCAAGCUACAAGAUUGCCUUCUACGGCGGUCUGGCCGGCGAGGCGCUGUGGCUCAGCAGCUACCCCUUUGACGUGAUCAAGAGCAAGAUGCAGACGGACGGCUUCGGCAAAGAGCAGCGGUACAAGACCAUGCGCGACUGCUUCGCCCAGACGUACCGCGGUGAGGGACUGCGCGGGUUCUGGAGGGGCAUCGUGCCGACGCUGCUGAGGGCCAUGCCCGUCAGCGCCGGCACGUUUGCGACGGUUGAGUUGGCCAUGCGGGCUCUCAGCUAA